AUGCCGAAUACAAGCCAGGGCAGUGAGGGCAGUCUUGUUCUACCGACUGUGCAAUACCAUAGACCUCUGAAUGACAAAGUGGUGAUAGUCCAAGUGUUUAUUGGCAUCUUCCUCUGCAUCAACUCCCUCAUGAUAGUGACCUUCUUUAAAAAAGAGGCCUUCUUCACCAACACACGAUACAUAUUCUUUGCUCACUCGCUGAUUUGUGACAGUGUGUUUCUGGCUCUGACUGAUGUAUUACUGCUGAUGAGCUACUCCAGGGUACCAAUGCCAGGUGGGCUAUGUAUAUUUCUGAUUGUGAUCACAGAAACGCUGACCAUUGCCACACCGCUGACACUGACAGCCAUGAGCCUGGAGCGCUAUAUUGCAAUCUGCAUGCCCCUGCACCACAGUGAACUCUCCACCCCGGUGAGGGCCAUGCGCUGCAUCCUACUCAUCCAGGCUCUCAGCUCUGUUAAUUGGAUAAUUGUGAUCUCCAUCCUCUUCUCGGCUGUACCUCUGAGCUUCUACACCUCUGUUCUAGUCUGCAGUUUCGAGCAGAUGAUUGUGUUCUCCUGGCAGGGCCACCUCAGCUCGGCUCUGUGUCAGUUCUACUUCCUGGUCAUGUCCGUAGUCAUAGCUUUCACCUAUGUGAAGAUCAUGGUGGCUGCCCGUGCUGCCUCAUCAGACAGUAGGAAGUCCACCAAUAAGGGCCUGAGGACAGUUAUUCUCCACGGCUUCCAGUUACUCCUUAGUUUGAUUCAGUUCUGGUGUCCUAUGAUAGAAUCGGCUAUAAUGAAGAUCAAUUUGAAUGUGUUUAUUGAGGUUAGGUAUAUUGACUAUAUUAUUUUUAUUCUUGCCCCUCGAUGUCUGAUUCCACUUGUGUAUGGAUUAAGGGAUAAGGAUUUUGUGGUGGUUAUGAAAUAUUAUGCCCUGUUUGGAUAUUCUAAAAAAGUAUUUAUAUUUAAUAAGGACAAGUCUAAUGAUGUAAAGGGAAAAAAAACUCCCAUGCACACUUGUAAGGUAAAUGCGGGCCAUGUGUAAUACUGAAUUUGGUUUAUUGAAUCAAUUUUCUGUCAUCUGCAAAUGAAAGGAUGUAAAUGAGAGGAUCAAAAGGUAUCAUAUAUUUCAGGUGUUUAUGACCCAGUUUUGUUAUGGUUAUCUUAUGUUAUUUUAGGGGUGUCAAACAUUUAUGGCCUGCAGAUUGAUUUCACACGUGUAAAAUCAAAGUAACUUUGUGUUAAUUUAGUUUUUUUUUUUGUUGAUUUUUGG